GGUUUAUAUUUUACAUAAUAUUGACGUGCUCAGUGUUCUCUACCUUCUUGAUUUUAAAACGCAUGCUUGAGGAAUCAAAGCACUGAAAAAUAUGUCCUCGCAAUUUUCUUCUUUUUUUCCACGUUUGUCACACUUGAAUGUUUCAGAUCACCAAGCAGCAGAAAUUAAAAAUAAGCUCUUAAAUUAUAGUUCUGAUUAAUAAGGGUGAAAGCAAUCCGAUCUAACCUGGCUCCUUCUAAGAAAUGUAUUCCCUCCUAGUCCUAAUUGCUUAUGCUGUUCAAUUCAGAAGCACCUUAUGUUUUCUGAAAUGAAAUGAAAUUUUGUCUCAACUUAGAUCAUCUAAGUAUCUUCAGUGUUGUGGAUGUGAUUCUGUGAGUAGGAAGGAUCUCUGGUAACAGUCAGUCUCGCAACAAAUCCUGAGAUGCCUCUGUCUAAAGUCUUGAUGUAUGACAGUCGCAUGACUGUCAUGACAUUUUAACAUCUCAAUUUCCAGACAGCAGUAACAAUAUGUCCAGGAUGACACCAUUAGUUGUUGGCAAGCACUGCUAUUCCACCUUAUUUGCUUUUGUCGCUCCUCAUCAUUGGUGGUCAUAGCUCAGGUAGAAGAGAUUUUAAGAUGCUAAUCAGCUGCUACCGGUUGUAGAAUAAUAAUAAAAAAAGCAGACUUUGUCGCCACAGUUGCGCAUCAUAACUGUCGGAAAGUUUUUAAAAAAUGAGGGCAAUGACGCAACCUAAACAAUUAUGAGCAACCGUUUACAAACCAAAACGUUUCCCAAAAAACAAUAUGUCACCCUUGGCAACAACUGCCAUCAAUUGUUUGUGAAACUCAGCAAUGAGUCAUUUGUAUCGCUAUGGAGGUAUUUUGGCUCUCUCUUCUUCGUCGAAUUGUUUUAUUUUAUUUACAUUGAAGAGUUUUUAAGCAUUAACUAUCUUGUUUAAGGUCAUUCCAAAGCACCUCAAUUUGAUUUUAGUCCAGACUGUGUAGGCUACUCCAGAAGUUUCAGUUCCUUUGUGCAUUUAGGCAUGGACUUGUUGCCAAGCUUUGGAUCACUGUCCUGCUUCCUAACCUAAAUGUGGUUGGGCUGAAGAUCACAGACUGAUGCAUAUUUUUCAAGACUGUCUGAUAGAGAACAGAAUUCAUGCCUCCGUCAGUAAUGGCAAGCCCUCCAGGUCCUGAAGUAGCACAUAAGUUCCUGACCAUCACACUGCCACCACCAUGCCUGAAUGAACUCAAUAUAAUGCUCUUUUUCUGAUGUGUUGUUCUAAUUUUAGAGCAGAUAUAAUGGAAUGCAUUACUCCCACAAAGUUCUGCCUUUGUUUCUUCAUUACGCAGAAUGAUGAUUUCCCAGACAUCUUUGGGUUCAUCUAAGUGGGUUUUUUUCUGGUAAAUAUGAGAGGCCUUUGUCUUCGCUUUGGUCAAGAUUGUUUUUUCAGCUUGGAAAAACUGAUAGAUUUCAAUGACUUAUUUCUCAUUUGUUCCUGUUUUUCCAUAGAUUGAGGCACGAUGUGUUGUUUUUUUGAGAUGUCUUAGCCUCCUUCGUGUUGUCAGAUAGGUUCUAUAGAUGUGAUAUACUGAUUUGACACAUUUAGCAGUAACCACCUGGUGAAGUUAAACUCUUCUAUUCCAGACAAAAGAAUGGGAGGUGAAGGAUAAAGCCAAGGAGAACAUUAUCCGUGUCCUCCAAGUGGGUCAGGCCCUGCUAAAGAUGAAAGAGCGCGAGGUUAAGCUCCAUGAAAGCUUCAUCGAUGAUAUCGGUGUACAGCACGUCAAAACCGAAAAUGAACUUCGUGCAAAAGUGUCCAGGCUGGAACAAGAGCGCAAGGAGCUCGGCACUGGGCCAGAUAGCCGCUUUCUUAGGGAUGAGAUUCGGCAGCUCGAGGCCCAGCUGGAGCAACGGGAGAAGGAAUUGACCCAGUUAAGGAAAGACAUGGGCAAGGAGAAGAAAACCAAUGAAGAGCUGAUUGUGCGACUGGAGGAGGCUGAGGACGAAGUGAAAAAGUUAAAAAGAGAGAAUGAGCAGUUCCAGCAGGACGUGGAGUUCUACCGUGGAGAGCUGGAGCAGAAGGAGCCGCUCACCUCCAGAGAUGACGGCGCUGAGAUUCAGAGGAAGCUCAGCCUGGCCAACCGACAGCUCUAUCAGUGCCUGGACGACCUGCAGCGAGCAGAGGAUGAAAAUGCACACCUGAAGACACAGAACGUGCAGCUGCAGAGAAGCCUGGAGGAGUCUGUGAAAGAGAUGGAGAAGAUGACAGAUGAGUACAACAAGAUGAAGAUCGUUGUACAGCAGACUGACUCAAUUAUGGACCAGCUCAGGAAAGAAAGGGAUCACACGAAGCUUCAAGUUAGAGAGCUGACAGAAAAGAUUCAAAGCAUGACUGAAGAGAAUGACCCAAUCAUGGCAGCUGUCAAUGCCAAAGUAGAGGAGUGGAAGAAAGUGCUGUCUGGGAAGGAUGAGGAAAUCUUGGUGUACCAGCAAAUGAUCCGUGAGCUGAGGGAAAAGCUGCGCUCUGCCCAGCUGGACUUGGACAAAAGCAACAUAAUUGCCCUGCAGCAGGCCAUCCAGGAGCGAGAUAAUCAGAUCAAGACGCUGAGCGAGCAGGUGGAGCAGUAUACAGGAGAGAUGGAAAAGCACGCUCAGCUCAUAGAGGAGCUGAAGAUGUCCACAAACAAAGACAGAGGUGCUCCUUCGACGUUACAGCAGAAGAAGAUGGAGGAGCUGCAGUCCAAAUUGAAAGUCGCGGAGGCCAGAGCGAUGGAAGCAGAGCGGGCCUUCAGACAGGCAGAAUCGCAUGCUGAGGAAAAAGACAAAGCCUUUAUUGAGGCGUCAAAUCGCCUGAGCCAGUACGAGUCUGGCACUUACGGCCUGGAAGCAGCCAUUGCCGAGAUCAAAGAGUGUAACAAUCAAAUUAGAAUGAGAGAUUGUGAGGCAGAGGCCAUGACCAAAGAGAUCAACCAGCUCGAGCUGAGAAUCAAUGACCUCAUGGAUGAAAAUGAGGAGUUCCGGGAAAAACUAGGUCUGGAGCCGAAGCAGGAAGUGGAUCUGACAGAAUUCAGGCGCGCCAGGGAUCUCAGGCAGCGCCAGUACAAAGCCGAAAACCAGGUUCUUGCCAAAGAGAUUGAGCGACUGGAAGAAGAGCGGCUGGAGCUGAAGAAACAAAUCAGGCGCAUGGUGAAAGAAAAAGCUGUGCCUACUGGAAUCCCACAGUCAAGUGUGCAGCUGGAGGAAGAUGUCUGGUCCAGCAGAAAAGAAGAGGCACAAGGAAGAAUUUACACUGACGACGAGAUCAGACGAAAGAAUGAAUACCUAGAGAAAGAACUGAGCAGCAAGAAGAGGGAGCUGGAACUUCACAAGUCCGAUUUUCAGGUUCAACUGGCAGACCUGUCCAAAGCAAAGAGAGACUUGGAGGCUACCCUGAAAGAUGUUCUUCAGGCCAUGAGGACUAGUCAACAGACCAGUUCUGACUCUGUCACUGCUAGCAGUAUGAAAAGCUUGUCUAAUGCUUUAAAUGUGAGCAGUCUAGGUGGGCAACUCGACACUGGCCUCAACUCUCAAAUCCAUCGGCUGGUGGGCCGAAACGAAGAGCUGAGGCAGGAACUGAAAUCGGCUCGCGAGGAGGCGAGCAGCAGCUUCAGUGACCUCAUCAGAGCCAAAGAGAAGGUGAGCCAUCUCCAAAAUGAGCUGGAGCUGCUCAGGAAGUCAGGCGGAGGUGGAGUCCUCCCUCGACCUCUGACCCUUCCCGAAGGCCUGGGCCCCAGCAGCACCGAGGUCAUUAGCUCCUUGAACGAGUAUGCUGUUCGACUGCUUCAGGAGCUGAAAAACAGGGAGGAAAAAGGCAAGAAACUUUUAGAAACCCUGGAAGAAUACAAAGAGAAGUUUUCUGUCAUAAGCCAUCAACAAGGACUCCUCUAUAAGGAAUAUUUAAGUGAAAAGGCAGAGUGGCAAAAAGAGAAGGAGACUUUCUUAGACACGAAGAACAAGCUGGAUGAGCAAAAGCAGGUGGACGAUGUGAAAAUUCAACAGUUCAACGAGCUGCUGGACACACUUCACACAGACCCCGAGGAAAUCAGGAGGCAGCUGAGCGAGGCGUUCCGCAAGCUGACCGUGCUGAGGGUCAACGAGAAGAAACUGACGCGCCGCUACUCCACUCUGCUGGAACGGGAGCAGCUCCUCCGCAAGGAAAACGGCAAGCUGAGGGACGAGAGCAGCCGCAUGCAGGCCUCUGUCCUCCAGAGGAUGGGCUACCUGCAGAGGUACAAGGAAAUGGGUGCCUAUAAGAUAACAGCCCUGCAGAAGGCCUUGGAUGGCAGCGUGCCUGCAUCAGAACUUGAGAGAGCCAAUAAGCAGUACACCGAGCUAACAGUCAAAUACAGAGAUGUGCUCCAGAAGGACAGCCUACUUGUGCAGAAAACAUCCGGCCUCCAACAUUUAGAGAGUGAGAACGAGUCUCUACGGGAACAAAUCUCUGCCGUCAAGAAGGAGCUGGAGAUCACGAAAGAGAAACUCAACACGUUGGAGCAAGCAUGGGAGACCGUCGGUUCAGUCGGCUCUGAAACUGUCCUAGCUGAGGGAGACAGGGCAUCGAUCAACAACGAGGCGAUAUCCGCUGCGAGGCGGAUCACAGCUUUAGAGAUGAAGGAGCUGAAUGAGAGGCAGAGGGCCGAGCAUGCCCACAGAAUGUACGAACACAUGAGGAACUCCCUGAGACAAGUGGAGGAGCGCAACACGGAGCUGGAAUCCAAGUUCUCAGAGCUGACCAAGAUGAAUGCGGAGGCCCAGCGGGUCGAGCGGGAGCUUAGAGAUCUGCUGAUGGACGCCAGCAGCAAAGCCGCCAGCGACGCCGACAAGGCCAGGAUCACAGAGCUGGAGAAGGCCGAGGCCGAGCUGCGCCUCGAGGUCUCCAAGCUGCAAGAAGUCUCAGACGUGGCUUUGUCUCAGGUCUCCGCUCUACAGGCCCGACACAAGUCCAAAGACAUCGAAGUCGAGGCUUUAAGGAGACAAAUACUGGAUUACCAGUCUCAGUCGGAUGAGAAGGCUCUGAUAGCAAAGCUCCACCAACACAUGGUGGCGCUGCAGCUCAGUGAGUCGGCGGCUCUUGGGAAGCUGGAGGCCGCCGCCUCUCACAUACAGCGGCUGGAGGCCAACAUGCUGCGCGCUGAGCAGCGGCUGGACGCCAGCGAGCGAGCGCUCUUCCUCGCCCGCCAGGAGGGCCGCCACCGUGCCACACACCUCCGUCAGACCGUCCAGGCGCUCCGCAGGCAGUUCGCUGGGGCGCUGCCCCUCCGGCAGCAGGAGAAGUUCUCCCUGGCCAUGCUGAAGCUCCAGGAGGACCAAGCCAAAGCCCAGGAGGAGAGAAGGGCAGCUGAGAAGGAGAGGCGGAGGGCAGAGGGAAGAGCUCAGGAGCUGGAGGUGAGACUGGGAGGCCUGGAGGAGCUCAUCUCUACCCUGAAGGACGUGAAGGGCGCCCACAAGGUAAUGGAGUGGCACAAGAGGAUGGAGGAGGCCCGCCUCCAGGAGCUGAGGAAAGGAAGGGAGCUGGUGGUCCAGAAGGAGGAGAUCAGCUACCUGAAGAAGCUGGUGGAGGAGCAGGACCGCACGGUCCGCUCGCUGGAGGAGGACAUCGUCCAGCUCAACUCUCUUCAGGAAGAGCGUCAGUUGGCGUGGGACCAGCGGGAGGUGGAGCUGGAGCGCCAGCUGGACCGCUAUGAGAAGCAGCACACCGAGAUUCUCAACAGCGCUGAGAAGGUUAAGGAAGAGGAAAGGCCGCUCCCAGACCCAGCGCUGCCUCUGGCUCAUCAGUUAGAGUUUGCUUUGGGUAAAAUCAAAGAGCAGGUUCGCACCAUCUUGGAGCUUCAGGGAACAUGCAAAAGUUUGGACAAGAAACUGAAAGAGAGCGAAGUGGCUCUGUUGAAAGCAGAGCAGAACAUUGUGUCGAGGGACAAGGUGAUCAACGAGCUGCGUCUCCGGCUCCCGGCGGCCGCCGACCAUGAGCAUCUGCUUGCUGACCUCAGAAAGAACGAAGAGGACCAGCCGAGCAGUCAGGCUUCCCUCAAGCUGGCGCACCAGACCAUCAAAGAUCUCCAAAGUCGACUCGACAAGAAGGAGGAUGUGCUGAAGAAAUACCAAAACCAGAUGGCUCAGGCCAGACAGGAUCAAGAGGAGAUGAUAAAAAGACAUCAGGAAGAGUUGAGAAUAUUACAUCAGAAGCUGGACUUGCACACAGACACCUCUCUGGAUCAGUUCAAACAGACAGCAAUGGAGUUGAUGAAGAAGCCCGCUAUCAGAGUGCCAACACCUAAACACCUGGAGCGCCUGGCUGAGUUGGAGCAGACGGUGGCUGAGCAGGAUGCGUCACUCAGCUCUGUCACAGAGAAGCUGAAGCUGACCGCAGCCGAGCUGGAGCAGCACCGGAUCGCCAUGGAGAUGCAGGCUAAGAAACAUGCUGAGGAGAUGGCAAACUUUAGUAAGAGCCACAGUGGAAGGGCCAAAGAGCCACAUCUGGUUCCAGAGCCACUGGUUGCAGUUAAAAUGCUGGAGGAGAACUACGUUGCCCAGGUGAAGGCUCUGAGCGGUGAGGUGGAGGACAGGAGCAGCCAGCUGGCUCAGAUGGAGAAGGAGAUGAGCUUCCUGCGCUCAGAGCUGGAAGCACAGAAGGAGGCCAACGUUCGCUCCCCGAGCAACACCAUGAAAAACCUGGUGGAACGCCUCAAAGCACAACUCACUCAGAAGGAGAAACAGCUCAAGGCUCUCAGCAAGGCUCUGUUGGAGCUGCGGGCUGAGAUGACGUCAGCUGCAGAGCAGCAAGUCAUAGCUAACGCUGCCCAGAAAGAGCAGAGUCUCAAUGUUCAGGUGCUGGUGGACAAACACACCAAAGACCUGAAGACACGGGUACAGGAACUGAACGAAGAGCUUCAAGCUGCGAAGGAUUCGGCCAAAGCAGCCAGGAGCAGAGAGAACGUUCUGAAAGAGGAGGUCGAAGGACUAAACCAAGACUUCCAGAGAUAUCAAAGAACUCAGAGACGACUGCAGGCCGAAAAAGCAGAGCGAGAGCAAGAAGUGGUGGAGCUCAAGCAGCAAGUAAAGAGGCUCACCAGCACCAUGCAGAAUCAGACAGAGGCAGAUGGGAAAGGAGCCAUCAUAGAGAAUCUGCAGAAGAAGAUCAGGAGGCUGGAGUCGGACCUGGAGAAACGGAACGACGUAAAAAACACCAAAGAUGAUCAUGGGAAGACCAAAGAUGAAAUUGUUCGGUGGGAGGAGAGCAAAAGAUGGCAGGCUAGAAUGGAAAAAGUGAAGAAUUCCCUGAAGGAGAAGGAACGAGAUAACGAAUCGUUGUCGAAGCAACUCGCCACUCUUAAAGAUCUUUAUGGCAGAUUGGAGCAGGAGAAGGCUGCGCUGCAGAAAAAGCUGAAAGCUCGAGGUGUGACCGUCGACCAGGUGGUGGGGGUACGAGCCAAUGACAUGGAAAGGCAGAUAGAGGAGUUGAAGAAGAAGAAUUCUGAGCUGGAAACCCAGAUUGUAACCAUAAAACAGCAGCAGGCCUUGCCUCGUGAUGAUGCCAUGGAGAACCUUAUGUCAAAGAACCAACUUCUAGAGGAGAGACUCCACUCCUUAGAGAGGCAGAUAUCCAAGGAACCCCCUUCCAGACCCUCGGGGAGAGACUUCUCCUCCUGGGCGUUUCCCGGGAUUUGUUCGCUAACGUUUGAUGUUGAGGACGAAGCGUCGUGCUCUCGGCUUCCCGAGACCCCUGACCCCACAGGAGGCGCCCUCGGCCAACAGGGGGAGCCCACGCAGAGCAAGGCGGGUGGAGGAGAGGACCUGGACGCGGAUCGCCUGGAAGAUGAAAGGGAAGCAGCAGCAGUUGUUGGAGAAAAUGAAGAAAGCAUCCCGGUCGGAUGUGAUGUUACGGAGCCUGUGGAACAGGAAGAACCGCCCGACACAAAAGGGAAUGGCGCCGAUCCCGAUGAUCGGUCAGAAACGACGGAAUCCAUCUCGCCUCCGUCUACAACACAGGCAGCGACGGGCGGUGGAACGAGCGAAAGCGGGAAGAAACCGGGCGAUCCUGACCCAGACGGUGAAGGCAUGGGUCCCGAGGAUGAUGAUGCGGGAGUUAUCCCGGAGGUGAUCCAGAAUGCCGAAGAAAAAGUGGAAGAGAAAGAAGAAGAUGUGACAACAAGAACAGAAAUAGAGGAAGAUAACCAGGUUUCUUUCUCAGCUGAUCCUGAUGUUGAUUCUAGUAUCACUCUGAGUAAACGCCGGGAGAGAAUAGUCCACGCAAAAAGGGGCAAACAAACACAAAAACAGGACGUUGUGAAAUAUCAGAAGACUUCGGGACGCGGGACCGGGACUCCAUCACAGAGAGAUCAGGACAUCUCAAAGGAAAACCUCAAGCUGGCCUCAGAGAACUUGGAGCUGCGCCUCCAGCUGGCGCAGGCCAACCAAGACUUACCCAGGCUGAAGAAUCAGAUUGCAGACCUAAAGGAGAUGUGUACGGCUCUGAAACAGGAGAGAGCGGAUGCCGAGAAGAAGCUGGCACACCUACGGGGAGCUGGUUACAGCGGCAAAACGGUCCCUGAGCUGGAGAAGACCAUUGGUCUGAUGAAGAAGGUGGUGGAGAGGGUGCAGAGGGAGAACGAGGCGCUGAAGAAAUCCAGCAGCCGUGCAGAGCAAGACAGAGUUGCCGCUUUGGAGAAGGAAAAUGAAAAGUUGAAGGCUGACUAUGAGAAGCUGAAACAUCGAAGCGAAGCUGAGCUGAGCGCAAAACUGGAAUCCAAAACCAAAGGACUGGAGAGGAUCGUGGUGGAAAACGAGCGCCUCCGCAGAGAGAUCAAAAGGGAAGUGGAGGCGGCGGAGAGGCUGAGAGUGAGCAGGACGAGUCUGGAGGCGUCCAAUGAGAAGCUGGAGUCUGAGCUGGAGGAAACCAGGCAGAGGCUGCGAGCGGCUCUGUCCAAAGCUGCCGCUGUGGGGCCCGAAGGCAAAGCUUCCAGGGCCACUGUCGUUGCCAGGAUGUUUGAGAACAAGAUGAAGGAGUUGGAGGAGCAGCUCUCCCAGAAGACCUCCAGCGUGUCGGAGCUCAAGCAGCAGCUCAAAGAGGCCAAGGGGCGCGAGGAGUGGGCCGAGACGCGGGCAAGGCAGCUCCAAGAUCAGGUUGACUUGUUACAAAAGUUUCCAGGAGCUCCAAAGACUAAUGUGGGGAGCUCCAAGGAUCCUCAAGCAGUCAGACUGGAGAGCGCCGAGCCAGAGAGGACAACCGUGGAGCCGAAACAGAAGCUGAAUGACGACCCGGAGCAGGAUGCUGGAGUUUCUCCAGAACCUGGACAUGGGAACCUGAAAAGACUCCUACAAGCUGCCGAAAGUCAGAAAUCUAAACUCCAAGCAGAGGUGAGAAAGCUAAGGAAGGAGCUGGGGAACUUCGACCCGAACUUUUUCGAAGAGCUGGAGGAUUUGAAAUACAACUACAACCUGGAGGUGAAGAAGAACAUCCUGCUGGAGGAGCAGCUGAGGAAGGUGUGCGAUCAGUUUGGCGUGACGCCUGAAAUGCCCAGCGUGUCCAUCAGUUAACACACGGUUGUCCAGACUUUUUAACGAGUUUGCUGCUGUUCUAAUUAUGUUCUGGGGUUUUUUUUUACUGUCAAAGUCAGCAGAAACAGCCAAGCAGCACUUUUUUUUUUAACCGUUUUUGUUUUUUCUCCAACAGUGUUUUAUUACAGAGUUAUAGUUUUGUAAUUAUUUAUAAGGAAUUCCUCUGUAUUUUCCAAUAAAAACAAGAUCAUUUUGAAUGGUCAGAAUUGUCCUUUUAUUCAUCACAACAGAAGAUUGUAUGUACAGUAUUUACAAUAACACAUUAAAGUCAUGCACUUCUUUUACAAACCGUCUUUCUAUUUAAGUCUAAAACGCUGUUUGGUUGAAUCUUCACAUUUCACCUUCAGAAUGAGGACUCCUUGUCCAUGGAAAACCUUUUUCUUUUCUUUUUUUAUGAAGACUUUCUGCUAAUUCUGUUCCCCA